UAGUGAGUACCUUCGUGGAGAGGGCCACAACGUCGUUUGACUUCACUUUCAGGCGGUCAAAGUAAAAUCAGGAGAAAUGAGAGCAAAUCAUUUCGCCAGAUCUGUAGAAUUCCCAUCUAUGAACACUGGCUAGCUAGUAUAGGCUUUACAAAAGACUAAGAUUCCCAGCAUGCCACAAGGUAUCUCCAGGAAGACUUCGACUCCCAGCAUGCUGUACUUCCGAACAUCGAGUCCCAAAGUGGAACACUCCUCCUUGCGUCCAGAAGGCCGUCGAGACUACAGUUCCCAGCAUGCAGCAGCACCACCGCGAGUUACUGGCGCCACGCUAGGCUCUGCUUCGGAGAGACCUUUUCGAUUCCAGAAGGCGGGUUCUGGAGUCUCAAGCCACUGUGGGGCACGUGUCUGCAGGGCAGCUCUGGUCCGUUGGGCCUGCCCAGACGAAACCUCGAAAGGAUGGGUUGGGGACUGGGCCGGGCUUCGCUCAGGCGGCGUUUGAGGCAGCCCCAACGGGGUCCUCCUGGGGCCUUCCUCCCUUUGAACUGCGGUGGCGGGCGGGCUCACAGUCUUUUGCACCUUUCAGAGUUGGGGCCGCCAUCACCAUGGCCACCGCUGCGAGUCGGCCCUACGCCGGCGGGUCGCGGGACAUCUUGUGGCGCUUGCCACUGACUAUAAUCUUUGGCUUGGGCAGUUGCGGUGGACUGCCUCCUGACUCCUGUCUGGGUCUUGCCUCUUCUGAUCCCUUAGAUAACCCUGCUGCACAAGCCUGCUUAAAUGAGUAUCAUCUUUUUUUCCUACUGGCUGGAGCAUUUAUGGGCUAUAGUUAUAGCCUCCUGUAUUUUAUUAACAACAUGAACUAUCUUCCAUUUCCCAUCAUACAGCAAUACAAGUUCUUGUGCUUUAGGAGAUCUCUGCUCUUGUUAGUUAAACACAGUUGUAUGGAAUCGCUGUUCCUGAUUAGAAAUUUCUGCAUUGUGUAUUAUUUUCUUGGUCAUGUUCCCAAAACUUGGAUUAGCACCGCUAUGGACCUUCAGAUAGAUGAGCAAUUUCAUAGACCCCUUGACACUGUGAGUGGCCUCUUGAAUCUCUCAUUACUCUACCAUGUCUGGUUAUGUGGUGUCUUUCUCCUGACAACUUGGUACAUCUCAUGGAUACUCUUUAAAAUCUAUGCCACAGAGGCUCAUCUGUUUCCAGUUCAACCACCAUUUGCGGAAGACUCAGAUGAAUGCCUCCCAAAAGUUUUAAACAGCAACCCUCCCCUCAUCAUAAAGUAUUUGGCCUUGCAGGACCUGAUGUUGCUUUCUCAGUAUUCUCCUUCACGAAGACAAGAAGUUUUUAGCCUUAGCCAACCAGGUGGACAUCCCCACAAUUGGACAGCCAUUUCAAGGGAGUGUUUGAAUCUUUUAAAUGAUAUGACUCAAAAACUGGUUCUCUACCAAGAAGCUGCUGCUACGAAUGGGAGAGUAAUGUCUUCAUCAUACCCAGUGGAACCUAAGAAAUUGAAUUCUCCAGAAGAAACUACUUUUCAGACCCCAAAAUCUAGCCAGAUGCCUCAGCCAUCAGUGCCACCAUUCAUUAAGACAUCACUGUUUUCCUCAAAAUUAUCUACGCCUGAUGUUACAAGUCCCUUUGGAACCCCAUUUGGCUCCAGUGUAAUGAAUCGGAUGGCUGGAAUUUUCGAUGUAAGCACCUGCUAUGGGUCACCUCACAGCCCUCAGCUCAUAAGAAGAGGGACAAGAUUAUGGACUUCUGCUUCUGAUCAGCAAAUGACUGAAUUUAUUAACCUUCCAUCUACUACCACUGUUAGUGCUGAGGCAGUGAGGCAGCCCAGUGUGAUUUAUUCAUGGAUCCAGAAUAAACGUGAACAGAUACUGCCUUCUCAAGGCUUGAAUGAUACUUCUUCAGAGAGGCCUUUCCUGACACCUAACGAAAAGUAUCCUCACAAGCUUCAAAAAAUUUUUUUCUACUACAAAGUAAAGCAGACGGUCAUCUUACUUGUGACUACUGCAGUUGAGCACCUUUCCAGUGCCUCUUCUAGUCUCGUGCCCAUUUUCUGUUGUCUGUCUCACCUAGUAGCAGCAUCAUUUACAGAAGAUAGAUUUGGGGUUGUACAGACUACACUACCAGCUAUUCUUAAUACUUUGUUGACACUGCAAGAGGCAGUUGACAAGUACUUCAAGCUUCCUCAUGCUUCCAGUAAGCCACCUCGGACUUCAGGAAGCCUUGUGGACACUUCUUAUAAAACAUUAAGAUUUGCAUUUAGAGCAUCAUUAAAAACUGCCAUCUAUCGAAUAACUACUACAUUCGGUGAACAUCUGAUUGCUGUGCAAGCAUCUGCAGAACAUCAGAAAAGACUUCAACAGUUCUUGGAGUUCAAAGAAUAGUUAAGUAAUAUAAACUGUGUUCAUUACACUGCUGAUACAACUACAGAUGGGACAGUAAAUGUUCAGCAUUCUUGGAUCAGAAGAAAAUGGACUAAUUAGAUGCUUCCUUUGUCGUGGUGGUUGCUUUGAAAACUAUACUUUAAUGGGAGAAAUCAUGGAAAGAAAUUCUCAACAGAAUAACUGAAAACGGCCUUUUCUGUACCAGUUGCUUUUUGUGUGUGUGGUAUAAUAAAAUCUUUAUUCAAUUUUACAGAAGCAUUUAUGGCAGUAGAAAUGUCUCUAGCUUAUAUAGCUUAAUCAUAAUAACUAGAAAAUUUUUAGAAUUUACUUUUGAGAGGGUGAGAGCCAGUUCAGAAGGUAGAAUAGGUUGUCUUGAUCCAGUCUUCCUUUCUAAUUGUUAUGAGAGUUUAGCUUUCUCUAAACUCAAAAUACAUAAACUUCUUUAGAGAAGUGUCUGUUUACUAAAGGAUAAAAAUGGUAACACUGAAGAAAAGUUCACAGAAAACAUACUGUCUAAAGGACAUAUUUUGUUAAUCUGUUAGGUUGUGUUUUUGUUUCCAGGAACAAAUUAAAUUUGCAUGAUUGUCCAAAAAAGCUCUCAAUUUACAGAUGCUAACUCUAUAUAAAAGAAUGUGGAAAAAUUCAGUUCUUAAGUUACAAGAUUAAACAUUCACAUUUGGUUUUUGAAAGACAAUCGACUGGCAUCUAUGAAUUUAUUUUGUAUCAUGUUAGUAAACAAUACGUAUAUGGUUAUUUUCCCAACUAGUUUUGCUUUCUUUUUCUGGAACAAAACAUUAAGUGAUUGCAGAGUUUUUUAAGUGAGAGAAAAAAAUUUUGCAAGAAAAAACCAGGAAACUUUCCUUUUUUGUCCCACCCAUCAUCUUCAUUAGAUCAAAUUAUUUUGUGAAGCUGUUUUGGCCUUACAGAGGGAGCUGUCUUUGCUGUGUUAACUGGCUAAUUAAAAUAUAUUAGGAAAAUCUUUACAGCUAGAAACAACUUAAUCAUCAAAUAGCAAGCGAGUCUAAGAUACCAAGGAGAUUACUUGAGAGCAUGUUGUAUGUCCCAAAAGUGCGCAAGGUGAUUUUAUAAUUUAUUUGCUUAACUUUUUUGGAGAUGAGAGAUUGGAAAUCCUACUGGUAUAUACUCCCUGGACUAACUUUGGACUGAAAUACUCCCUUGUAAUUUUUUUCCUAUUAUCUUUUUCCUCUAGUGACCCAACAUUUUUUCUUUAGUCAGCACAGUAUUGUAUAUGAAUCUUUUAUGUGGUACGUAUGUCUACAGUUUGUCUGAUUACUUGAUAUAUUGUAUCUUUAUUCCCUUUAUUUGUUGCCCCUUCAGCCAGCACAUUCCAAAUUAUAAAUGAAUCCUGAUGGCCUUUAAAGUGUCUUUAUGAGACAGUUCCCCAAUUGUCAAGUGUUUGGAGGAUUUAGUCUUGUCAUUGCUUUUUGUUUUUUUUCUCUUCCCUGAAGUGAAGUUGAUCUCUCUUUUUUUGAAUAUGGAAGUUCAAUCUUGAAUAUGGUAGUUACAGAUAACCAGAAAAUUGUGUCUAGGUUGAUUGAGAGCUGUUGGGUUCCGUGUUUUAAAUGCAUUGAGCUUUAUAUAUUCCAUUCUCUGUGCUGCCCCUGGCUGAGGCAUUUUGGGGAAUAUAGGACUCUUCACCUUCUGCUUCUAUUAAAGAAUUGUGGUGUUUAACCUACUGGAUUCCUGAGGACGAUGGGAUGAUUCCUUUAAACUUCGACUUAGAUAAUAUGUCUGGCUAAGUUUAAAUUUUUGCCAUUUCCCAGAUACUUAGGGCAAAGGCACCUUUGAUGAACAAUAUGAAAAUUUUUGAGGUGUUCAUUCCUAUUUUCUCUGCAGAGAGUGCGCUUUGUACAAAGUAUGGGUCAUAUAAAGUGAAACUGCCUUCCCAAAUCUGGAUUGUAUUUAGUUGGUAAGGGAGUCUGUUCAGUUUUUCCCCAUUGUGUGCUGGUAAUCUCCACACCAUCUGUUGGGGUAGGGCUAGCUCAAUCACCUGUUAUUAAAAAGAGCUGCUUCUCCUAUGUACAAGGAGGAGGAUCUUAGGAAGGCCGAGAGGAGAGAAGCAUUUGCUUUGAUGAAGUCACAUCUUGCCUCUGAGCCCAGUGAUGCUCUAACAUUGGCCUGAAAAUUAGAGUGUAGUACUUUAAAAGCUUUUCUCUGUCAGUAUAAAACACGAUUCUAUCAGCCCUUGUAAUGUUUGCUUGACCCUUAUGGAAGGUAUAAAUCUAUAUAACUUCUUUUCUAGAGAACCAGGAAACUGCCCUAGAAUAAACUUUGUGCAGUUGAGCGGACAUGGAUAAGUAAGAAUUUGUUACUUUGCCAGAUUUGUUCUUUGGUAAUUGUUUUGUAUGUCUUCCUGUAAAUAUGGUAAUCUGUUUAUAUCCUUUUGUAUAUCACCGACACUGAAUUGGGUAGACAAAUAAAUUGACAUUUAAAAUAAAAUGGGACUGUUAAUUGAAA